UUUUCACAUGUUAGUGAUUGAGCCAACAACACAAACAAAAUGGAAAUAGCACACACCCUCACACAAUUGCUCUUCCUUCUCUACUUGGCGUCUUCACUGGUUCUUGUCUAUAGUGGCAGUGAAAGAAAGUCAUACAUCGUCUACAUGGGAGACAUGCCAGAAGCUAGCACUUCAGUUGCUGAUCACCACCACAGCUUGCUUUUGUCUACAAUUAGAGAUGAAUCCAUAGCUAAAGAAUCCAAAAUACAUAGCUACGGGAAGAGCUUUAAUGGAUUUGUGGCCAACCUGCUACCCCAUGAAGUGGAAAAACUAUUAGAGGAAGACAGUGUAGUGUCGGUAUUUGAAAAUACUAAGAAUAACAAACUUCACACAACAAGAUCAUGGGACUUUCUAGGAAUGACACAAACAGUGAAGAGGAUUGCCAGAAUGGAGAGCAAUAUCAUAGUGGGAGUGUUGGAUAGUGGAAUUGAUGUGGAUUCUCCUAGCUUCAGUGACAAAGGUUUAGGGCCUGCUCCAGCUAGAUGGAAGGGGAAAUGUGUAACUGGAGGCAACUUCACAGCCUGUAACAACAAGAUAAUUGGAGCAAAGUACUACAACCUACACAACAUUGAUUUUGGGUCUAAUGGAGAACAAAGUGCAGCUGAUUAUUCUGGUCAUGGAACCCACACUUCCUCCAUUCUUGCUGGAAAUUCCGUCCAAGGCGCAAGCUUAUACGGCAUAGCAAAAGGGACGGCACGUGGAGGCGUACCAUCAGCGCGCAUUGCCAUGUACAAAGUUUCUUGGGGAGAAGAAGGUGGCUCCACAGAUAUGGACAUAUUAGCUGCUUUUGAUGAUGCUAUUGCUGAUGGUGUUGAUAUAAUAUCUGUUUCAAUUGGAGGAGAACGUAUUAGAAAUUAUUUCGAGGACCCAAUUGCAAUUGGAUCAUUUCAUGCUAUGAAAAGAGGAAUUUUGACUUCUUGUUCAGCUGGGAAUUGGGGGCCUGAACCUUCUACUGUUAUAAAUGUUGCACCAUGGAUUUUGACAGUUGCUGCUUCUACCAUUGAUAGGAAGUUCAAGACCCCAUUUAAGCUUGGCAAUGGCAUGAAAGCUGAGGGAGUUUCAAUCAACACAUUUUCACCAAGAAAGAAGAUGUAUCCUUUAACCAAUGGAGCCCAUGCAACUAACGUUACUAUGGGAUUUUAUGGAAAUAUUAGUGCUUGUGCUAGUGGGACACUAGGCAGGGACAAAGUACAGGGUAAAAUUGUUUACUGUCUUCUUCGUGAGGGUUAUCACCCUAUAUUCAACCUGAUGAGAUUUAAUUUGGUAGCAGCUACCAUUGUCAAUGUCAAGAAAGGCCACGACAUAGAUCUAUAUAUUAACACAACUAAGAAUCCUCAAGCUAUGAUAUACAAGACAAGAACUGUCAAAGCUAGAGCUCCUGCUUUGGCAACUUUUUCUGGUAGAGGACCUCAAGUACUUAACCUCAACAUCCUCAAGCCUGAUCUUGUUGCACCAGGAGUAGACAUUUUAGCUGCUAGCUCUAGAUUGACAUCAAUAACUGGAGAAGCAAUCGACAAUCGACAUGCCCCAUUCAACAUUAUGUCAGGAACAUCUAUGGCUUGUCCUCAUGCUUCUGCAGCUGCUGUUUACGUCAAGACCUUUCACCCUGACUGGUCUCCGGCGGCUAUCAAGUCCGCCUUAAUGACUACUGCCACACCUCUAACGAUCAGAGAUAAAGACACAGAUUUAAGUUCUGGCUCAGGCCAAAUAAACCCACGAAGUGCAGUACAUCCUGGCCUUAUAUAUGAUAUUUCAAUGAGUUCCUACCUUAGUUUCCUAUGCAAGGAAGGUUAUAACAGCACAACGAUCGGUAUACUAAUUGGUGGCAAGAGAAGGUAUAAUUGCACCAACUUCAGACCAGCACAAGGCACAGAUGGCCUCAACUACCCUUCAAUGCACAAACAACUAGAAUCUGUCAACUCCAGUAUUUCUGCAGUGUUCUACAGAACGGUGACUAAUGUCGCGUAUGGAAGUUCAGUGUAUAAAGCAAUUGUGACUGCUGAAAAGGGACUCUCAGUCAAAGUUGUUCCAGAAACUUUAACAUUUACAAAACGGCAUCAAAAGCAAAAUUUUAUGGUUAUAGUUAAGGGUGGUGUGAUGCGUAAUGGGAUACAGACCUUAUCAGCUUUGCUUGAGUGGAAUGAUACCAGACAUAGUGUGAGGAGUCCUAUCGUUAUAUAUAGACCAUCGUCUUAGAUUUUUUUUAGUUGAUUUUGUUUUUUCUAGUCAUUGUUAUAGGAGGCUCAAUUAGUUUCUGACUUCAUAAUUAGGUUCCAAGAUUUUGUCUUCUUCAAUUAGCACUCAGAACUUUGAUUCAAUAACAUCAAUUAACAUGAUCUCUUAUCCA